UGGUUGCCAUGGAGACACUUUUAGAGUGAAACACCAAAUGAACGUUAAGGAAGACACUAUAGCAAACAACAACAACACAGACAGUGGAUAGGUUUUCUUCAUGCUACAGCUACACCCCUCAUGAGGAAGAAUUGGUUUCCAUAUCAGAUGCUAUCUCCAGUUACGUCUCUCUCUCUUUGAGUCUCUCAACAACAACACACCUGCCAGUGUGAAACAUUUACUUUUGACGCCAUUAUUGUUUGUUUGUUUGUUUUAAAACUGCCUAAGUAAUGCCGGGCCCAGCAGCAGCAGCAGGAGGAGGAGGAGGAGGAGGGAGAGGUGAUCUGCCACCGACCAAAACAAUAGUUGUCUACAAGAACGGAGACGCUUUCUUUCCCGGAAGAAAGAUAGUGAUGAAUCCGCGGUACCUGUCGACCUUUGACAGCUUCCUGACCUCUCUGAGCAGAGGGAGGGAGGCUCCGUUCGGCGCCGUGAGGAAGCUCUACACCCCCAGAGACGGACACAAAGUCCAGCAGCUGGACGACCUGAAGCAUGGCAGUGUCUAUGUUGCAGCCGGAUGUGAGCGCUUCAAAAAGCUGGACUAUUGUGAGAUAACAACCAAGAAGCCACAGAAAAAGAAAAAAGAACAGAUCCGACCUGUUGUUCACAGCAGAAUAGUAGUUUCAGCUCGCUGGAGGAGAACCAACGAUGAGUCUUGCACGAUCAAUGUCUUUACCAACGGAGAUGUCUUGGUUGCUCCAGCUCGAAUACGGAUCCCAAAGUAUACUCUUAGAAGCUGGGAAAAUGUUUUAGCCAUGGUGACGGGGAAAGUGCGUCUUCGCACUGGUGCUGUGUACAGGCUUUGCACAUUAGAUGGACGUCCCGUCUGCGGUCCCACUGAACUGGAGAACAACCAGUACUAUGUCGCAGUUGGUGCAGAAAAGUUUAAAGCUCUCCCGUAUGAUCACUGCGACCCCUGCAGGGAUGUAAUGAGGGAAAACAACACGAUCGAAGGCCAAGACAUCCUACCUGCUAUUAGAAAGACAAGACAUCCAAAGGACGUGUUUGCUCACACAGGCUUUGGAGAGGACCUUGAGCACACAGCCAGGGGCCAGAUGAAGAAACAAGCCAAACCGGAGAGAACCAAACAACAGAGGCAGGUGUCCAGAAACCCAGUUCUCUUCUCGACGGGGGAGGGCAGCGUGUUCAAUGCACGAAACAAAAGAAGCGAGAUGGCAGGAGCGGCGGAGGUGCAGGACGACCGCCAGUUGAAGGUGGACCUGCCCAUUGAUCAGGUUGAGGCCAAGAUAGUAGACGAGGAGUACGAGGACGGGAGUUGUUUUGCGAGUCCCUGCAAGGCCUCGCUCCAUGAUUCAGACAGCUUGUGUCUGCAGAGGUCUUUGUCUGCAGGUUCCAGGAAGGAUCGCAGUCUUUCUUCAGGCCAAGGAGACACAGGCGCAGGGCACAGAACUGGAGACACAGGAUUAAAGACACCUGGGCCUAAGGAGGCUAAAGAGAGGGAGGUGUCUUCUAGGCUCGGCAGAAUACGGUCACGGGUGUCCCGCUUUCUCAAGGAGAAAGUGAAACAUUAACAUUCAUUGCUUUGAUCUGCGUGACAUUAACUCAAAAGAUCACUACAUAGCAAGACCACAAAGGAAACUCUCAGAAACGCAGCUUCAUGUAACAUUGGCUCAUCAACUCGUGGCUUCGUAUUGAUCCGCGAUAAGGCUGGGACAGCACAAAUGAUGCAACAUGAGCGCCACACAUCCAAGAGACAGAGAGCAACCUGAGCAUCCUAUUGGAGAGGUAUUUCUAGUCUCCUAACAAUUUCGUCUUAAAACUUUUCUAUUUGUGAAAGCUUUUGGAAAUGUUUGUUUUAUUUGUACAGUUUUUAUUUCUAUUUAUCUGAUCGUAUUAAUUUUAUUGUCUCUACCUUGAUCUCUUUUUAUCUGUCUUGUUUGGUUUUAUUUCUUUUGUAUAUCACUUUGUAACAUUGUUAAGAAAAAUGCUAUAUAAAUAAAGAUUAUUAUCAUUAUUAUUAUUAUAACAAAUGUCCAAAAUCACUUUAUUUUUAUUCACUUGUUAUUUUUUUUAUAUAUAUAUGUUUUUGCUCUAUGAUAAUACCAUUGUUAUUAGUAACUGUAUUGUUAUGCUUGACAUAUUAAUGAAUAAAUAAAAGAAAUACAGAUCUGUUAACAGUAAUGAUGCUUCUGCAGCACAAGCUAGAGAUGAAAAUGACAGAUCCUCUAAUUAAAAAGGCUUCAAGAAAAGAAUGCCUCUUUUAUAAUUUAUAAAGAAAACAUUUUCAGUGUGCAUUUGUUUGUGUUUUUUUUAAUAAAUAAGAGGCUCCUG